UGCAAUUCACCCGAAUGCAGUUUUCUCUUGACAACCGACUACUGAAGCUGUAACUGAUUAACAGAAUGACUAAUAAGCUUACGCUAGCCUUGCUCCAAUUGCCAGUGACCAGUGAUGUGGAACUCAAUGUACGCCGUGCUGUGGAUGGGAUCACGCAGUUAAAGACUAAUAAUCCCACGCUGGAACUUGCCAUUUUGGCGGAGAGUUUCAAUGCUCCUUACGGAGUGGAACAUUUCCCCAAAUAUGCGGAAACUGUGCCAAAUGGUCCCACUUGCCAGGCUCUGUCCCGUGUAUCCAAGCAGCUGGGCAUCUACAUCAUUGGCGGCAGCAUUAUUGAGCGUGAAGGUGAUAAGCUUUAUAAUACGUGCACAGUGUGGUCACCAGCAGGAAAACUAAUUGGAAAACAUCGCAAGAUACAUCUCUUCACCAUUAGUAUUGAUCCCGUAAAUGGUGGCGGAGUUCAAUUCGAUGAGGCAGCUGCUCUUACGGCUGGCUCUGAAGUGACUGUGGUUCAGAUUAACCAGCAGAAGGUCGGUAUUGGCAUUUGCCAUGACAAGCGUUUCGAGGAAUUGGCUCGUAUUUAUCGCCAUAUGGGUUGCUCAAUGAUAGUUUAUCCCUCGGCAUUUUGCAUCUGUCAGGGACCAAUGCACUGGAAACUUUUACAGCGAGCUAGGGCCACGGACAAUCAGCUAUAUGUCGUCACUUGCUCACCAGCGAGAGAUAAUAUGUCUGGGUAUGUUGAUUAUGGGCAUUCCAUGAUAGUUGACCCAUGGGCACGAGUGCAGCGAGAGGCUGGAGAAGGAUGCGAGUUAAUUGUGGAGGAGAUCGAUUUUGACAUGGUUGAGGACGUUCGUCGCCAAAUUCCCAUCUACAAACAGCGCCGCACAGAUGUAUACACGAAAGUCAAAACGGAGUUAUCUAAACUGAACAUAGUAUGAGGAUCAUCUUUAUCCGCAAACUCAAUCAAUUUUGUUUUAGUCUUUAUUGACUACUAUGUCUUUUUAAUAUAUUUGAAAUAAAUUUUCGUUACACAAAA